AAAUGCUCACUCCACUCGUCAAAGCAAACACCACACACGCACGAGAGAGAGAGAGAGAGAAGAUGAGCGGAAGAGGGAAGGUGGUGUGCGUGACAGGGGCUUCCGGCUACAUAGCAUCAUGGCUGGUGAAGAUGUUGCUUGAUCGUGGCUACACCGUCAAAGCCACUGUUCGCAAUCUCAGUGAUCCGAAGAGGACUGCACAUCUGCUUGGACUUGACGGGGCCAAGGAAAGACUGCAUUUGUUUGAAGCAAACUUACUUGAAGAGGGAUCUUUUGAUGUUGCGGUUGAUGGUUGUGAAGGUGUCUUCCACACAGCCUCUCCCGUUAUCCUUUCAGCCACUGACCCUCAGGCAGAAUUAAUUGACCCUGCUGUGAAGGGAACACUUAAUGUUCUCACAUCCUGUGCGAAAGUUUCAUCUAUCAAAAGGGUGGUAGUAACAUCUUCCAUGGCUUCGGUUAGAUUCAACAGAAAACCUUUAAACCCGGAUGUUGUAAUUGAUGAGACUUGGUUCUCCGAUCCAGUAUUUUGUCAGGAAUCAAAGCUGUGGUAUAUGCUUUCAAAAACACUGGCCGAAGAAGCUGCAUGGAAAUUUGCAAAACAGAGCGGGAUUGACUUGGUGACGAUACAUCCAGAUUAUGUGAUUGGUCCUCUCUUACAGCCGAUUCUCAAUACCACUUCUGAGGGGAUUGUAGACUUCAUAAAUCAUGGGAAGGAAAUGCUAUCGAGUGGAAUCUUUUUAUGUGUUGAUGUUAGAGAUGUUGCAUAUGGACAUAUUCAAGCAUUUGAGAUUCCUUCUGCUAAUGGCAGAUACUGUUUGGCCGAGACAGUAACAUACUGUUCCGAAAUUCAAAAGAUAUUACACAAGCUUUAUCCUACGCUUAACCUUCCUAAAAAAUAUACAGAUGAAAAGCCUUUUGUCCCACCAUACCAAGUAUCCAAGGAAAGGGCAAAAAAUUUGGGCAUUGAUUUCCUUCCUCUUGAAGUAAGCCUCAAGGCCACUGUGGAAAGCUUGAAGGAAAAGAAAUUUCUGAGUUUUUGAAUUGUAAUAUUCACAAGCAAUGGAAAUACGUAUGAGGGUAGUAUUUUCAUGUUUUUAUCUUGUAAAGUUGAUUAGAAUCCUUGCAAUAAUAUGCUACAAGUUGGAAUACGUUUCGCUUGUACCUAUGCAAAAUACUUUAUUAUGGAACAGAAAAGAAGGACCAAUGACACUUUAUCCUCUAAAGAAUUUUGAAUUCCCUCAUCCCUGAUUUGCACUCUUUAGAAU